UGUUUUGUGUCAAUUGUUUUGUUUUGUUUUGUAAACAACAAACUUAAACCCGUUUUGUGUUAAACACGUAUUGAUUGAGUGGCCAUCGAGUAUCUGAUCCGUCAACAAAAAAACACUUGAAGAAAAAUGCCGACCAAUUGAUGACCACAAUAAUCAUUGGCCGACGACCCGACCGGACAUACGGUGUGUCGGUGUUUAGGUGUCAUCUCUGAUAGACUGACUGACUCUUCAAUUUCAUCUGUCAUUUACCACAACAACGACGACGACGACGAAGACAUCCCAUAUGAAUUCGCAGCCAAUCCAUGAGCUGACACUCAAGUAUGGUUUGCCGCAAGAUCUGGGCGACAGUGAUCUUCAGCAACGGCUAAAAGAUUUGAAACGUAAUGUCAAAGAGGAGAUACGCAAAGAGCUGAAGAUCAAAGAAGGAGCCGAAAAUCUGAGGCGAGUGACCACCGAUAAGAAGUCUCUGUCAAAUGUCAACUCAUUGGUCAAGUUGUCGAACAAUAAGUUAGAAGAACUUCACGAAGACUUACAAGAGCUUAACGCACAUAUUGUUGUCAAUGAUGACUACAGUCACGGAUCGGUUGGCGAUUAUAGCGAUAUGUCGUCAACUAUUGGCUCGGAUCGCGAGGAAGGCGGCGCCGGCGGUGACAUCAGUGUCGGCGACAUAUCGGUUGUGUCGGCUAACAGCCAACGAUUGAUAUCACUGGAGAGACAGUUGUCGAUCGAAAUGAAAGUGAAGGCCGGCGCCGAAAAUAUGAUACAAAUGUAUAGCGGAAGCAAUUCGAAGGCCAAUCGCAAACUGUUAGCCGAAGCACAACAAAUGUUGGCCGACUCGAAGGCUAAGAUCGAGUACAUCCGGAUGAUGAUUAUGAAAGUAAAACAUAAAGAACUCAAUGAUAGCAAUUACGAUAAUAAUGGCCACUCGCUGGCUGGCGGCGGUGUCGGUAAUACGGGUAUCGGUGGUAGUGGUUUGGGUACCGGUGCUGCUGACAGUAGACUACCAGAGAUUAUGUCGCCGUUAGAGAUGCGGACUGAAGAGCUUCGUCAUCGACUGAAAGUCGAGUGCGCUGUUGUCGACGGCGCCAAAAAUGUUAUUAAAUUACUUCAAAGUUCUAAAUUAAGUGAUAAGAAGGCCUUACAAGAAGCCCAGUCAUCGCUGCUGGAGUCCAGCCAUAAAGUGGACGUCUUGCGCAAAGCACUGGACAUGUGUCGGCAACAGUUGCCGCCCGGGUCGCCGAAAUCGGCCGCCUUGAAGAUCGAAUUGGAUAACAGUCAGUCGGCCAACAAUAUAGUUUACUCGCCGACCAUUGCCUACAGUAGCGGCGGCCGAAAUUCGGUUCAAAGUAAUACUCCGUCAACAAUGUCGAAGCCGGCAGCCGUUACCGGUAAACUAGAAGUCCGAUUAAUCGGUUGUCAGGGUCUACUCGAAGAUGUUCCCGGCCGGUCGCGUACCAAUUCAGUGUCGGGCGAUUUGGGCGGAAUAUUUGGCCGAUCCAAAGGUCUCGGUCGGACAUCUUCGCGAUCGUAUUCGAUUAAAGACGAAAUCACUAAUGAAAUUAUGGCUAUACUUAAGUUGGAUAAUGUGACCGUCGGUCAGACAACGUGGAAGACUUGCAGUCAGAAAGCUUGGGAUCAACGGUUCAGUUUGGAUUUGGACCGAAGUCGCGAACUCGAGAUACAAAUCUAUUGGCACGACUGGCGAGCACUUUGUGCGCUGAAGUUUCUGCGAUUGGAAGAGUUUAUCGACGAUAACCGACACGGAAUAGCUUUGCAUUUGGAACCCCAGGGCAUAUGUUUCGCUGAGAUUAAGUUUUUGAAUCCAAUGAUAUCGAGAAAACCGAAACUCCAGCGACAGAAACUGUUCCGACAUAAAGGCAAGAAUUUCUUGCGCCCAAACCAGAUGAACAUCAAUGUCGCCACUUGGGGUCGACUUAUGAAACGGGCUAUACCUCAGUCGUCAUCCGAACAGAAUAUCGCUUCAUCCGCAGCCACCACCACAGCCAUCACUUCACCGAAUAACGCCAGUAUUACGCCAUCGCAAAAGUCUAUUGAUUUAUCCCUAACUGAUAGUCUACCGAAAUCUAAACUCGAAUCGACGCCAACACUAUCGGAACCGUCGUUCAGACAGCGACAACCUGUAGUAACGACUACUUCUUCUACUAACGAUAAUAAACAACUCAUAGUUGACGAACCGUCGGGCGGCGACAUUGGAUCAGCACUAGAAGAGUUUGACUUUUUACACGACAUAUCCUGCAGUACUAUCGGUUCGACGGCAAACUCGAUUGCACCGAUGAGUCCACUGCCGCCGCCACCGCCGAUGUUUGCCAAAGAGACUUCGCCCGAACUAUUGGAUACGUUCGGCAGAUUACGUAUCGAACGGAUGGGUAGUGUCGAUAGUUUUGAAUAUAAUAACAAUAACAACUUGCGAAGCAAUUAUUCGCCCGGUCCCGAACCGAUUAUCGAUUUACCGCCCGAUGACGAUGUUAACUACAACAAUGUUAAUGUUUCGGUGGUCGCCUCAAGUAAACAAUCGGCACAAGUAGGUGUGGAACAACCAGUUUUCGGUGGUUUUGCCGAUUUUGGUUUAGAAAACUUCGAGUUUAUCAGUGUACUCGGUAGAGGACAUUUCGGAAAAGUUAUCUUAAGUAAGAAUAAGAAAAGUGGCGAAUAUUUUGCUAUAAAAGCCCUGAAAAAGGGUGAUAUCAUUGCCAGAGAUGAAGUGGAAAGUUUGAUGGCCGAAAAACGUAUCUUCGAAACGGCUACACGCGUCCGACAUCCGUUUCUAGUGAAUCUGUUUGCCUGUUUCCAAACCGGCCAACACGUGUGCUUUGUGAUGGAGUACGCGUGCGGCGGCGAUCUGAUGAUGCACAUCCAUAACGACAUAUUUAACGAGCCGCGGGCCACCUUCUACGCCGCCUGUGUGGUACUGGGUCUUCAAUAUCUUCAUAUAAAUAACAUUGUCUACAGAGACUUAAAGCUGGAUAAUCUGCUGUUAGAUCGCGAUGGUUAUGUCAAAAUUGCCGACUUUGGUCUCUGUAAAGAGGGAAUCGGUUACGCCGAUCGGACGGGUACUUUUUGCGGUACACCUGAAUUCUUAGCGCCCGAAGUACUUACCGAAACAUCUUAUACCCGUGCAGUCGACUGGUGGGGAUUCGGUGUACUUAUAUUUGAAAUGCUUGUCGGAGAGUCGCCAUUUCCUGGCGAUGACGAGGAAGAAGUUUUCGAUAGUAUUGUCAACGAUGAGGUCCGUUAUCCACGUUUCCUGUCGUUGGAGUCCAUAGCCAUCAUGAGAAGAUUAUUACGAAAAAAUCCCGAACGACGACUGGGUUCAAGCGAAAGGGAUGCCGAAGAUGUCAAGAAACAGGCCUUCUUUAGACACAUCAAUUGGGACGAUCUGAUAACACGUAAAACCAAACCGCCGUUUGUGCCGACAGUCAAAUCAUCGGAAGAUGUAACCAAUUUUGACGAAGAAUUUACAUCCGAACAGCCAAUACUGAGUCCGCCCAAAGAGCCGCGAACAUUGACAGCCAAAGAACAACAAUUAUUCAAAGAUUUUGACUUCAGAGCCGACUGGUGCUGACCUAACCCGUCGGUGGAUGGGUGGGUGUGUUGUAUGUGGGCUCUGACCCAACAGUUAUAUGCCAUUUAUUUUGAGAGCUUUUAUUUUUUAUCAAACAAACAAACAAUUCAAAAAUGUGACUGAAAUUAUUUGAUGGGAUUAUCACUACUACUACAACAGUAACACAAAACUCUUUACACAAUUAUUUAUUACAAUUAUUAUUAUUAUUAUAACUAUUACUAUUACCCGGUAAUUGUUUACCGCAAAAUGUCUCACUACUAAUUUGAAUGAAUUGCAAUUACCGGUACAAUUCAAACAAACCAAAGCGUUCAUAACAAUUAACAACAACAACACAAUUACCCGAUAAAAACCGUUUUAGUAAUAUGAUCCAACACUUAGACUGUCGGUAACGGUGAACGGGCGGCUACCGGAGCGGUAGAUAAGCUUUAUUUUAAUCUUAGGCCUGUGUUAGGUGUGAUCUGUGUGUGUGUGUGUGCGUAUGUAUGCGAGACUGACUUCCUAUAUGUGCCUUAAAUGUGUUAAUUAAUUGUUAAUUAAUUAUUGAAAAAAAAAACAAAAAACAAAUGUCUAAUACCUGUUGUUUUAUGACUUUAAAAAACAAAACAAAAAAAUACUGAUAUUAUUGAUAACGCAAUUAAUGAUAUAUACAAUACUGUAAUAAUUUGAUUGAUUGAUUGAUUGAUUGAUUGAUUGAUUGGUGGCUAUUGUUGUGAUGUUUGGCAACUAUUUUUUAUAUAUAUAAUUUUAAUGAUUAAUUAUUU